ACAGCAGUCCCCAAAUAUAGUGGUGCUUAGGCGGGCACCUCGAAGAAGGGGGUGCAUCUGACGCUGGUUGGAGGGAGAGUGGGGACCGAGGCGAGGCCCCGCCCCGCCCACUCUGGGCUUUGGGAUCCGGGACUCUGGACCAGGGUGGCUGCAGGAAAAGCGCAGGACUGCGGACCCCCACCGGGGCCGGGAGCAGUAGAGAGGGCCGACUCCCGCCUCCUAGAGGCGCCAGCCCGCCCGUCCGCUCUGCCCGCGCCACGUCUCUAUGGCGGCCCCAAAGGCCCUCCGGGGUAAGGAGCGCGAUGAGCGAGGGCGCGGACGACGACGGCGGCGCUGGGGCAGCGGCGCGGUCUCGAGGGGGCAGUCCCCGAGGGGAUGGCUUCGCCCCGUCUGCGCUGGGCACCCGAGAGCAUUGGGAUGCUGUCUAUGAGAGAGAACUGCAAACUUUCCAAGAAUAUGGAGAUACAGGAGAAAUCUGGUUUGGAGAAGAGAGUAUGACUCGACUAAUAAGGUGGAUGCAGAAACACAAGAUUCCAUUGGAUGCUUCAGUGCUUGAUAUUGGAACUGGAAAUGGUGUUUUCCUGGUUGAACUUGCAAAAUUUGGUUUCUCUAAUAUUACUGGAAUUGAUUACUCUCCCUCUGCAAUACAACUUUCUGGAAAUAUUAUAGAGAAAGAAGGUUUAUCUAACAUUAAGUUGAAGGUAGAAGACUUUUUGAAUCCUUCCACAAAACUGUCUGGAUUUCAUAUUUGUAUUGACAAAGGGACUUUUGAUGCCAUAAGCCUUAAUCCUGACAAUGCAAUUGAAAAGAGGAAGCAAUAUGUGAAAUCUCUCUCCAGGGUGUUGAAAGUGAAAGGCUUUUUUCUAAUAACCUCAUGUAAUUGGACCAAGGAAGAGUUGCUAAAUGAAUUCAGUGAAGGAUUUGAACUUUUUGAAGAGCUGCGGACACCCAGGUUCAGCUUUGGAGGCAGAUCUGGAAACAGUGUAGCAGCAUUGGUUUUCCAAAAAACCCAGGUGCACAAGUUCGAGUUGCUUUUUGGGACUGGCAUUUAUGUAUUUGAGAAUCAAACCUGACACUACUCUUGGCAGCUUGACUAAAGCCAUUUUACAGUAAGUACAAACUGUCCUUGAAUGAUUUUUUUCCCUUUGUAGUAGCAACGAGUUUGCCUUUCUUCAUCUGUGAUUAUGUGUGCAAUUUUCUGGCUAUUUUGGGGGAGGAAGGGAGGUAAACAUAUAUGAAAGAUUUUUAUUUUUGGUAUGAAUAAUGUGUUUCAACUCACUUAUUAUUUAUUUUUAAAUUUCCAUGAUACUGUAAUGCAUUACUAUAUGUUGACCUUCAUUCACAUUCAUCCAGAGUAUAAUAGAAACCUUAAAGUACCUAUAUGAGUUAUUAAGUUUUA